AACAUUGUUCUGUUCUGACUGAAGCUAUUUCCCGGAGCACUUCGUGUGCUCUCGUAAGUGCGGCAAUUCUUCAUUGUGGAUUCAAUUUUGAAGAACGCAGCGGUUCAGGUGAUUGGUGAACAAUAUGAGUGCAGAGGUUGAAAAGACGUCGCAUAUUGAACCGGGAAAUGCGAAGAUGUCUGGAGCAACUAAUUCAUCUGCUGCACCAAUGGGAAGCCAAAAGGUUUCCAUGUUUGCAGCGAAGACUGGGUUUGUUAUACCAAAAAACAAGCUUUCAGGAUCUUUGGUUCCCGUCUUUCGAGUGAACAAGAAGUUGGGAGGGAAUGAAUCAGCUAAUGGAGAUAAUGAGAAACAGUCUCAAAGAAAAACAAAGUGGGGUCCUGAUCUAACACAGGAUUCUGCAGUUAGAAGGGGGAGGCUCAUAGCUUAUCAGACUCGAUUGGAACAAAUCAUGGAACUCCUUAAGUCUGGAACCCUGGAGGUUCCAGAGACACAAGAUUCAGCAAUAGAAGCUGAGAAUGUUGAUGAUUCCCUGGGUUCCCAAGCAACUAAUGAGGUAAAUUCAGAGCUCGUAUUACUUUCAGGGACAGUUUUCUCUCUGUAUGAUUUUGAUGUAUGCCUUAAUCAUAAUAUACAGGUGCGAAACAACGAACUUUUGGAGAUUGAGAAACGUGAAGUUAUUGGUGAAAUACUAAAACUGAAUCCAAGUUAUAAGGCCCCUCCUGAUUAUAGGCCCUUGUUGAAAGCAGACAAGUUACUUCUCCCGGUUAAAGAAUAUCCUGAUUACAACUUUAUUGGCUUAAUAUACGGCCCCAGUGGGGAAAAUCAAAAGCGAUUAGAAAAGGAAACUGGAGCCAAAAUACAAAUUUGUGGUAUUAGAGCUGGGACAGGUGAAAAGGACGAAAUUAAACCAACUGAUGGACACGAAGCUCAGAGUGGUUAUGAAGAGCUGUAUGUCUGCAUGUCAGCUGAUACAUUUGAUAAGAUCGACGCUGCAAUUUCUGUUAUAGAACUCCUAAUCACCUCAAUAUUGGGAAAUUUGGCCACUGGUCCCACAUCGUCCGAUUUGGUUUCUAGGCAGGAAAGUUCUUCCACCCGAGCCGAGGGUACGGUAUCAAAUGUUGGGCAAACUCCUAUGCCAAACCAGGGGGUUAUGCAACAAGGAGAGGUUUAUGCGCCAACUUCAGCACAAGGGCAGUUUCAUUAUCCUAACACAUGGUUGCCAAGGGGCCCUUCUCACAAUUUAACGCCUGCUCCUGGAUUUAUUUCCCCACAAAAUCCUCCAUCAAUUACGAACAACCCGAUCCAUUUGUCACGCCCACCUACUCCAAUUCCUUUCAACCCAGCUUUCCGGCCCCCCCCUGUUCAUCCUCCCAGACACCAGUUUCCUGCACAAGACAUGCAGCAACCUUUCAUGACUCAGCCCAGUCAUGUUGGUCAACCUGGGGUUCAUCCUUUGACAAUUCAACGGCCUUCAUUGGUUCAAUCUAGCGUCUCAAAUCCAAACUUCACUGGCAGUGGUCCAUUACCUUCAGGUCUACUCCUAAAUAUGCCAGGGUCAUCAAUUCCCUCUUCCUUUCCUCAACAUGUUCCCAAUAGCCUUCCUUCAGGAUCACUGCCUGAUCGCCCUUUGGCACCUCCUAGCACAGUUUCUACUGGUUUUUCUGGACACCCUCCACCGCAGGGUCCAAAUAACAUGGGACAGACGGCUCUAUCAUUUCCCCCACCCUUAGGACCUCGUGCAGCUCCACUGCAGGGUGUGAAUUCUUCUAGCGCAGUACCUGCAAAUACAGCAGUAGCCAAUGUGGAUGCAUAUGCAUCUUUUCCUUCUGGACCAUCCACCCCCCAGGCUCCAAUUCCGUCACCCCAUAUAGGGCAUCGCCCACCAUUUUCAGUUCCUUCAGCACUAUUACCCCCAACAGCACAUAACCCAGCUGGUAACUUCAUUGCUGGAUCUGCUUUAACCCGUCCAACACCACCUACAAAUACAAGUAACUUUACAUUUCAACCACGGGGUCCACCAAACCCGUCUGCUCAACCAAUGCUCAAUUUGAACAUUCAAAACUCACCUAGCGUACCUUCAUUGCAGCAGCCUGCAUCUGGGGCGCCAUCUUUCCAUCCGGCUGCCCCAAAUUUUCCCAGAGUUGGGAAUCAACCAUUUCCCGGACCCCAAGCUGGUAGCCAGAUUGGUAAUCAUCGAAUCCAAGAGGUCUCAACUAGGCUUCCUGCUUUCCUUGACCCAGGUCCUCGGACACAACUGCAUCAGAGAAACUUUAGACCAAGUAUGCAAAUGCAAAUGCCGAAUUUGGUGGGCAAUUUUCCUCACAGACCAGGGAACCAUAUGCAAAUUGAACAAGGUUUCCUCAUGCAAGCUACUCGAUCUGAUGUCCGGUUUGCUCCUCCACACUACAGUGGCAAUCUGACAUUUGUUUCUGGCCAGCCACCUCCAAGUUCCGGAGGGCAGCAAGUUUAUGAUCCGUUCUCUCCUACAUCUGUGUCUGGCACACAACAACAGGGGAGCAAUCUGCCUAGAUGAGAACUGUCAAACCGCAUCAGGUGUUUGUAGUUCUUAGUUAGUCCAAGUGCUGCAUGGACUAAAUCAGCCGGGAUCACCCAUUAAGGCCCCAAAAUGGCCACUCUAAAGAAUGUAGGUGAGUGUGAUGAGCAUCUACUAAGCUCAUAGAUCAAAGCUUGACUGUAUGAAAAAUUACUUAGAAUGGAUAUGUGAUCAAACCAUAUGUUACGUUCACCAACAUGCAAGUCAAUUUCAAUCUCUCACA